AUGUCUGGUUUAAUAAGUGUAGUAAGUGGAUUUGGACCAAAAUUAGUGAUUGAUCACGAUGGUGGUGCUGACGAUGCUAUGGCUAUUUUCAUGGCAUUAUUAAACGAAAAAUAUUUUAAUGGGCCAAAUGUAGUUGCAAUAACUACAGUUCAUGGAAAUGUCGAUGAGCCACAAGUGUUUAAUAAUACACAAAGAAUUUUGAGUAUUGCUGACAGGCGAGACAUACCAAUAUAUCGUGGAUCUAAAACAGCCCUAAUAAAGAGUGCUCCGUCUGACUUUUAUUUUGGGCGUGAUGGCCUUGGAGACAACGAAACAACGGUGUUUAAACCUAUUGAAGCCCAAACGGAUGUUGCAGCAAUUGCAUUAAUUAAACUAUCCCAGAAAUACCGAGAUGCAUUAACAAUAGUUACUUUAGGUCCCUUAACGAAUUUAGCACUCGCGAUGAAAUUGGAUCCAGAAAUUAUAUCCCGAAUAUCUCAAACCUAUGUCGCGGCUAGUUAUAUUAAAAGUCAAGGAUUAAACAAAAUUGAGUUUAACAUAAAAAUGGACGUAGAAGCAUACUAUAUAAUGAUCGAAAAUGGUAAAGCUGACAAAAUUACUAUAAUUCCUUCAACGCAGGUCAAACAAUAUUUAAACUUGGGAAAGGCAUGGCGUCGGGACGUUCUUGGAACAAUAAACACAGAUAUAGUACGUUCUUUAAAUACGUUUGAGCGAAUAUCAAUGGCUUUAACGGAGGACUGGAUGCCAUUAGAUCCUUCUGCGAUGGCUAUAGUACUAGAACCAUCACUGGUUCUAGAAAAGAAAUUGACAAAUACAUCUGUUUUCUUGUGUGGUAAAUUACGAGGCAGGACGACGUUUAAUUUUAAAUCGAAAUAUCCAAACGCAAGAGUUAUAAUUUCAGCUGAAAAAAAUGUUUAUCAACAUUUUCUAAUAAAAAUUUUCUCCGCCAAUAUAAACGAUCAAAAUAAUGACGAUACAAAUACUAAUGAUACCAGCAAUGAUAAUGAAACUGACGAUAAUGAUAAUGAAGACAAUAACUACACUGUAGACGAUUCUAAUAAUAUAUAAAUAAUAACAUUUAACCCCUUAAUUCCGAUUGUAAAAUGCCUUAAAAAUUGCAAUAAAAUAUAAUAUUUUGCUAGCUUAGAACAUACUCGUAUCUUGUAUACAUUGCUUUUAGUUGGGAAAUAAUAGCAGAUUCUAUAUACCUAAGCACAUUCUACGACUACACUAGCUCCAAGCGAAAUUAUAAACAAGCAUUUCUUUUAUUAUAUUGCUACUUACUAUAGUAUCAGCUAGCUUUUAAAAAUCUUUAUUUUAAAAAAUCAAACACAUCGAGGUGAGUAAGCCUCCUUUUUUCGUUCAGCCCCAAGUACUUAACAGAAUUUUAAAUUCUAUGUUGUCUCACAUAUAUCAAUUAUUAUUUUUAGUUGAAAUAUCUGUGUAUACUCUUUCUCUGUAUUGACAGUACAUGGGAGAUUUGCAACAAAAGUGACCCACGCAUGGCAAGUCCUGUGACACAACGUUAGCUCCCAUACAAUUUCGUUUGCCAUUGGUGGGUUUCGUCUAUCGCUAAGUGACUUUUUCUUAAACCCUAGUACCCAGUCUUGUAGUCUGGUAAGAAAAAGUACAGGAAUACAAGGAUCUCACGGCAAAUAGGAAAAUAAAAAUUUGUUUUGGGCAAU